CAAUGUGACAAAAUACAGAAACUACCAAAGAAUUUAUUUGUUGAACUAUGUGGUGAACUACUUGUGGACUAUAUCCUGCUUCAGCACUGAUGGUACAACAGUAAGUGUUUUUACAGAUGCCACCAUUUUAAAGAGCAAUAGACAUUUAUUAUGAAAAUGACAAGUCUUAACUCCACAGAAAUGCACUGGACUAGAGAAAAAUACAUGAAAAUAUAGACUACAUGUUCAUGUAGGAAAUACAUUUUCUUUAACAACAAAAAAAGGUGGCUGGUUGAGGAACAUACUUCUCAUGGUGUCAGGGCCCCAGGGGGAGAUACAAGUUUGGACAAAAGCUUAACAAAGACUAGUGCAGCAAGCUCCCUGAAUGAUGUGGGAUUAAUUACUUCACCAUCAUUAACACUUUUAAUAUUAUUUUUACGAUUCUGCAUUUGUGAUGUAAAUAAAUUAAAACAAUGAAAAUGAGACAACACCAAUUGUGUGAAAAGGAGAUAAUUUGACUGAGGGAUGUCCUUCAUCAGGAGCAGAUGAGAGGCAUUGGGUAUAGGGAUGUAUGGAAACAGCUUUGACCGGUGGCAAUCAUUAUUUGCAGUACCAACCCAAAAUAAAUGCCUGAAGUUUAUUCAUAACAUUUAGGAACUUUGCAUUACAUUGUGCUAUACAUAUCCAAAGUACUGUACAGCCAUUAAAUCCUGAUUCCUGCCUGAGCUGUGUAAGGUAAGCGGCUAACUACUUUGAUGAUGUUUAGAUGGAUGAGCAAGUGAUCCCAAGUACAAACAUUUUCCCAGUGAAUCUCAGGCCGGAGCCACAUUUGGAAAAGGGACCCGGCUUUGCAGGGGAUUAGGAAAGAGACACAGGGGCUCUGUAGUCUCCCUUGUAAUUGGGGAAGGGAGGGUACGUCAGUGUAAAUCCACCCCCUUUCGCUCCGUCUGAGUGAGAGUCUCUGCGCUCAGCUCUGCCUCCCAGCCACCCUCCCACGCCUCCUGCGAGGUGCAGCAGCUCUACAUAAACACAGCCCCGCUGCUAGCGCAGGGGACUCGCCUCUCAGCCUGACCCAGGAGGCUCGCCCAGCGGGCAGCACGGGGGAAAUAAGCGAGGCGAGGUGAGGCGGCGGCUCCUUCAGCACUUGGCGUGAGGCGCGGCGGCAGCUCAGCCCGCGCCCGCAGAGAGGGAAGGGGCCAGAGGAGACGCUGCCCGCGCCCGCAGUGAGCGGCUCUGCCAGCGCGGAGCAGAGGACGGCGCAAGGGGCCGAGAGGCGGCGGCUCUUCCCACGGCCGGCGGGAGGAGAGGCGGCUGCACCCCGCCACCCGCCGGAGUAGGGGCAGGAGGCGGCAGCGGGCUCGCUCCGGGAUGGCCCUGGCGGACAGCGCCCGGGGGUUGCCGAACGGGGGCGGCGUGUCCCCAGCGGCGGGGCCGGGCUCGGGGGCCGCGGGCUCGUCCGCCUUCCCGGAGAUCGUGGAGCUGAACGUGGGCGGGCAGGUGUAUGUGACGCGGCGCGGCACGGUGGUGUCGGUGCGGGACUCGCUGCUCUGGCGCAUGUUCUCGCAGCAGCAGCCCGGCGAGCUGCCCCGGGACAGCAAAGGCCGCUUCUUCCUCGACCGCGACGGCUUCCUCUUCCGCUACAUCCUGGACUACCUGCGGGACCUGCAGCUGGUGCUGCCCGAGCACUUCCCCGAGCGCAGCCGCCUGCAGCGGGAGGCCGAGUACUUCCAGCUGCCCGAGCUGGCGCGCCGCCUGGCGCAGGGCCGGGGGGCGGCCGGCGGGGGGACGCGCCCCGCCGCCCUGAACCGCGACGGCUCCCUCUGCGCCGACGAGCCCCCGUCCCUGCUCGGCUACCUGGAGGCGGAGCCGCCCGAGGCUGGGGGCGCCGCCUCGGCCCCGUCGCCCACCUCCAGCCGCAGCCCCUCCGGCGGCCCGCUGCUCACCCCGUCGCAGUCCCUGGACGGCGGGGCGGGGCGGCGCUCGGGCUACAUCACCAUCGGCUACCGCGGCUCCUACACCAUCGGGCGGGAGGCGCAGGCCGACGCCAAGUUCCGGCGGGUGGCGCGUAUCACCGUGUGCGGCAAGACCGCGCUGGCCAAGGAGGUGUUCGGCGAGACGCUGAACGAGAGCCGCGACCCCGACCGGCCCCCCGAGCGCUACACCGCCCGCUACUACCUCAAGUUCAACUUCCUGGAGCAGGCCUUCGACCGCCUCUCCGAGGCCGGCUUCCGCAUGGCCGCCUGCUCCUCCACCGGCACCUGCGCCUUCGCGUCCGAGCAGGGCGGCCCCGCCGACGACAAGAUCUGGACCAGCUACACCGAGUACGUGUUCUGCAGGGACUGAGCCGGCAGACACGCCGGGGCAGGCCGCCCUGUGCGCCCCCAACCCCUCACACACAGCGCCCUCCAUCAGCCUCUGCCCUACACUCCCCCCAUGCCCCCAGCUGUGUGCCAGCCCCUCCUUCCCCACCCCCCGCACAGGAGAUGUUCCAAACUCUGUCUGUCUCCUCUCCACCCCUCAGACCCAGGGGGUGAGGGGAGCUCCCUCUCCCUUACGCCCAGAGACUCUCUUCCCACGAACUGGGCACCAUACCCCACUGAGAAGGGGGGGGGGGGAAUACCUUCUCCAUGUUUUAACUUCUCCUCCCAUCCCAUCCCCAUGUUUUAACUUCUCCUCCUUGUCCCUGCUCAGCAACCUUGCAGAUUUACAACUGCCCAC